AUGGCAGGCAUCUUCGAGGCGCCGCGGAAUGCGGACACUCUCUUCUUGGGUGGGCAGAAAAUCACCGGUGCCGAUGUCCGGGAGCAGAAUGUUCUCGCGACUCAGGCUAUUUCCAAUGUCAUCAAGAGCUCCUUUGGUCCCUCUGGCUUGGACAAGAUGAUGGUUGACGACAUAGGGGAUGUGACCGUGACGAACGAUGGCGCUACCAUUUUGUCUCUGUUGGAUAUUGAGCACCCUGCGGGCAAGAUCCUCGUCGAUCUGGCCCAACAGCAGGAUAAGGAGGUCGGUGAUGGUACAACCUCCGUCGUCCUUAUUGCUGCAGAGCUUCUGCGGAGAGGUAACGAGCUGAUGAAGAACCGGAUACACCCUACGACUAUCAUCAACGGAUACCGCCUUGCGCUGCGCGAAGCCGUCAAGUACAUGAACGAGAAUGUGACGACGAAGGUGGAUAAUCUGGGCAGAGACAGCUUAAUCAACAUUGCGAAGACCUCGAUGUCUAGCAAGAUCAUCGGUUCCGACCCUGAUUUCUUUGCGAACCUUUGUGUGGACGCCAUGCUGCAGAUCAAGUCAACAAACCAGAGGGGUGAGGUGAAAUACCCCGUCAAGGCUGUCAACCUUCUCAAGGCCCAUGGAAAGAGUGGUCUUGAGUCUGUUCUGGUUCACGGCUAUGCUCUGAACUGCACUGUUGCCUCCCAGGGCAUGAAGACCCGCAUUACUGAUGCCAAGAUCGCUUGCUUGGACAUGAACUUGCAAAAGGAACGUAUGAAGCUAGGUGUCCAGAUCACUGUGGAGGAUCCUGAUCAGCUGGAAAAGAUCCGUGAGCGUGAGGCUGGAAUUGUCUUGGAGCGCGUUGAGAUGAUCUUGAAGUCCGGUGCCAAUGUCAUCCUGACCACCAAGGGUAUCGAUGAUAUGGUUCUGAAGACUUUCGUCGAGAAGGGUGCUAUGGCCGUUCGCCGUUGCAAGAAGGAGGACCUUCGCCGCAUUGCCAAGGCCACCGGUGCUACCCUUGUUAGCACUCUGUCGGACUUGAACGGUGACGAGAAGUUCGAGGCAUCAUACCUCGGACACGCCGAGGAGGUCUCUCAAGAGCGGAUUUCCGACGACGAGUGCAUUCUCGUCAAGGGCACCAAGGUUCACACAUCUGCCUCCAUCAUCCUGCGCGGCGCCAACGAGUUCAGCUUGGACGAGAUGGAGCGCUCUGUUCACGACUCGCUCUGUGCUAUCAAGCGCACUCUGGAGAGCGGCAGCAUUGUGCCUGGUGGCGGUGCUGUGGAAACUGCACUGCACAUCUACCUGGAGGAGUUUGCUGUCACAGUGGGCUCCCGCGAGCAACUUGCCAUCGGCGAAUUUGCCCAGUCUCUCCUCGUCAUUCCCAAGACCCUGGCCGUCAACGCUGCCAAGGACUCCUCCGAGCUUGUUGCCCAGCUCCGUGUUCGCCACGCCCUGUCACAGCGUGUGCAGGACGGUGAUGCUAAUGAGGAGGAGAAGGCCAUUGCCAAGAAGAAGACUUACCGCAACUACGGAUUGGAUCUGACGAAGGGACGCGUUCACGACACUCUGAAGGCCGGUGUUCUGGAGCCCAGCAUGAGCAAGAUCAAGCAGCUGAAGAGUGCUGUGGAGGCUUGCAUUGCCAUCAUGCGUAUUGAUACGAUCAUCAAGCUGGACCCCGAGCAGAAGCAGGAUGAUGGUCACGGCCACUAA